AUGUUUGUGUUUACGGCCGAAAAGGCGGGUAUGAAGGGAGUGGACAAGCAGCACGUACAGGAGGUGGUGCACAAGCUGUCGAAGGACUCAAGUUUCUAUCAAAAGUCCCUCCGUGACAAUGGAAAAGUCCAGCAGCGAGUUGUUGCAAUGCGAGAGAAGCUCUCGCGCUUGUCAAGUGCACAGCUGGUGCGGUUGACACAGGAGACCGACGUUCGAGUGGCUCAGAUGGAGGCGUCGCGAGACCUCUCACACAUCAUUGUGGUUGUGGACAUGGACAUGUUUUACGCGGCUGUCGAGAUGCGGGACAAACCCGAGCUGCGGGAUGUGCCGCUGGCAGUUGGUGGACUCAAUAUGAUCAGCACGGCCAAUUAUGCUGCAAGGCAGUACGGCGUGCGUGCUGCCAUGCCAGGGUUUAUCGGGAAAGAACUCUGUCCGGAACUUCACUUUGUACCUGUCAACAUGGAAAAGUACAAACGUGUCGCGGCUCAGAUCCGCGCCGUGUUUGCAGUGUACGACCCGAACUUUGAAGCUUUUAGUCUUGAUGAAGCUUGCCUUGAUCUGACGGACUAUGUGGUCAAGUACUGGCGCAAGUACGUCUCAGCUGCUGUAAGCCAUGCCGGAAGUAUCGAACUCGAUGACGAGGAAGCGUGGACAUUAACGGCUGCUGGACGUGCUGCGAUCGCGGAAGUUAUAGUUCGUGAACUUCGUGCGAAAAUAUUUGACUGCACGCAGCUUACUGCCAGCGCUGGAAUUGCAGCAAACGUGAUGCUUGCCAAGAUUUGCUCGGAUUUGAACAAACCGAACGGGCAGUACGUCUUGCCAUUCACACGGGAGGGUGUGAUGAGUUUCAUUCGGGACUUACCGGUGCGCAAGAUCGGCGGCAUUGGGAAAGUUACAGAGAAGAUACUGAACGAAGCGCUGAAUGUGUACACCGGUGCCGAGUUGUUUGCUCAGCGUGGCAAAAUCGCCUACUUGUUUUCCGAGAAGACGGCCGAGUGGCUGCUACGGACAUCACUUGGCGUACGUGAGCGACGGGGGAAACAAGAGCGCAAGAGCUUCAGUCGUGAACGCACAUUCUCCAGGUUGAGCGAUCCCAAGCAGCUCGAAGCCAAGUGCAAGGAGAUCUGCAUAAUGCUCGCCCAAGACCUGGAAAGGGCAGAUAAAGCCGCAAAGAACGUUACGUUUGUCUACAAAGACACUGCUUUUGCCCGCUGUUCACGAUCGAUGACGCUUGCAUCUGCAAUUUUCACAGCUGACGAUCUGUUUGCGAAUGCCGUCGAGUUAUUACGCCGUGAGUUGCCACUCACGCUACGUCUGAUGGGAAUCCGUGCAGCAACGUUGGUGGCACGUUCAAAAGCGUCGAUGGACUUGUCUCAACCGGAUCUGGGCAACAAGAAGCGGCAGGUUGCUAUCAACAAAUUUGCGGAACUCGUUGACAACCUUGCCCCUGUGUCCAUGUCAGGUAGCAGUAGAAGCCACGACCAAGACCCAGUCAAAAAGGUGCAUGUUGUAGCAUCUGUGGCUGCCCCUUUGCAUAACAAGCAGAGCUCCACUCCCGAAUGUGAAGAGACUUCUCUGGUCGGUGCUGAGGACACUUUUGUACCAAACGCGUCCGAUGACGGUCGACAUCCAAGGCGUGAUACGAUCACAACGACCGACCGCUCGCACUCCUUUGCUCUUGGAUUGAACCUGAAGAAUUUGCUGGAAGUGGACAAUCAGCCGUGUCCGAUUUGCGGGAAGCUAUUGAAUGUUCGGAACAACUUUGAGGUGAAUGCUCACAUGGAUGUGUGUGUCCUGAGCGAAACUUCUUCCUCACCACGGUCAUCUUUGCUGCAGCGGACAGUGGUGAAGCAGCCGAAGAAGAAGAUUAUUCCAAGCGUGUUUGCGCAUGUGCAAACGAUGUCAGAAAAGGCAGAUGCGAAGCCGUGUCCAGUUUGUGGAAAGUUGUUGAAUGCCUGUAAUAGCAUGGAGGUGAAUGUCCACAUGGACGCAUGUGUCGCUCGAAGUCGAUUUUCGGCUGGAAGGACGACGGGCAAGAAGCGAAGUGGACACGAAAUGUCCAGGAAGAAUCCUGGAAACAGCAUUGGCGCUUUCUUUCGUAAACACUACAAUGAUACGUAA